AUGUACUACCAAAGUAAAAUAGAAGAACAGAAAAAGAAACCUAAAAAAACCAAGUAUGAGCCAAACUCUGACGACUACAAAUACGACCCAUUUUCUGAUAACGGCGAGGAUGAACCAAACCCUUACGAAUAUGAUUCAAAUUCUGAUGAGGACAAGGAUGAGCCAAAUUCUUAUGAGGACAACGAUGAGCCGAACCCUGACGACGAUAAGGAUGAGCCAAACCCUGACGACGACACAGAUGAGCCAAAUUCUGACGACGGCACAGAUGAACCAAAUUCUGACAACGACACAGAUGAGCUAAAUUCUGACGACGACAAAAAUGAGCCAAAUUCUGAUGAAGACAAGGAUGAUCAGAACUUUGACGACGACAAAGAAAAGCUGCGAAAAGUAAAAAAAUCAAAAAAACCAAAAGGUCAAAUGAGCACUGAAGAACUCAACAACUUUUAUUCAUCUAAUAUCAACUAUGUUUGGAUUGAGCUGCUUCUGAAAGUUACUGAGCGAUUCCACUUAAGUUCGCAGAAAGUUCAAGGUGAAGAGAUAAGUUUAAUGGAAGGCCGCGGUGUUGCUACCAAACUUAAAGAUUUCUGCAACAAUACGCAAAAUACAAUCAACCUUUUGUUUGACACCGACACGAGUUUAGGCUCAAACUUUGCCGACCUUGACGCAAAUGAGCAGUCGAAAAUUCGCAAAGGAAUCACAACUUUGCUGACAACCUCUGGCGCUUAUCUGACUCAAUGGCUUGAAGAGUACGAUCAAUACA